AUGUAUGCGAUACUUUUCAAAUCGAUCUUUCUGCUCACUGUUUUGGAUCUAUCACGCGCCGCACAUAAACGAUAUGAAUGGACACUUCGCUAUGCAACAUACAACCCUGAUGGUGUUUAUCGUAGAGUCAUUUCAAUCGACAAUAGUUCAGAUGUAUUCAAAUUCCCUGGACCGACUAUUCGGGCUCAAAAGAAUGACAUCAUUGAAGUCAUCGUUCACAAUGAACUACCAACCGAAGUAACAUCAAUCCAUUGGCAUGGUAUUCAUCAAUUAAACACACCAUGGAUGGAUGGAGUCUCUUAUACAACACAAUAUCCGAUUCUACCUUUACAUUCAUUCAAUUAUACAUUCGUAGCCAGUCCCGUUGGCACACAUUGGUAUCAUUCACAUACGGGAGCUCAAUAUAGUGAUGGUCUUUUUGGUAGUCUUAUCGUUGAAGAUCCAAAUGAUCCAUAUAAACAGUUUCCUGAACUUUCCCUUAUCAUGAAUGAAUGGUAUCAUCGCUAUGCCAUCGAUAUAUUCGAUAUCCUUAGCAUUCCUCCGACAACACAUCAUCACAGAUUUCCAGAAUUCAUAUCUGGUCUUAUGAAUGGGAAAGACAAUCAUGAGUUAACGGUGAUCGCUAUCGAUGGUGUCUACGUCGAACCUUACAACACCCAACAACUAUGGAUUUACAUCGGCCAACGAUACGAUUUUCUUGUCACUAUGAAUCAGCAAUCACCUUUAGGUGUUUAUUGGAUUCGUGCAGUUACUGCUGUGAACGAUACCAACCAGUUUCAUGCUAUUCUACAUUACAAUAAUACAAGAAAUGGAACUCCUGAACCACCAACAUCACCUCUUCCACGGAACCUAACCGGCUUGGUCAAUUCCAUGCCACUCGUACCAUCUAAAGUCAACACUGACUUCUCGCUCCAACCACCAACUUUUAAUGAAACAUUGAUUGUUCAUAUCAUCUGUGUGCCCAGCGUACAUCGUUGUACAGUCAAUUCGCAUAGCUAUAAAAUGCCCCGUGAGCCAACAUUAUUUACUUUGUACAAACAUGGCAUUCAACAACCACCUCCACUUAGUGUGUUCAAUUUAAGACAGAAUGCUCAUGUCAUGAUUGUUGUAACCAAUUUUCAAAAUUUUGGCCACCCAUUUCAUCUUCAUGGUCAUUCUUUUUAUGUACUUGGUAUGGGCAAACAAAAUCAAUCUGGUACUGGUGAACCGUACAUUUUUGAUCCUGUACGUGAUCGACACACACUCAACUUUAUCAAUCCACCAUAUCGUGAUACAGAACAAGUGCCUGAACUGUCUUACAUAGUCAUCGGAUUCAUUGCCAACAAUCCGGGCUCCUGGCUCUUUCAUUGUCAUUUUGCUUGGCACGCAGAAGCAGGUAUGGUGGCAGUGUUCAAUGUAGUAGGUGGUCGAAUUCCACCACCACCACCCAAUUAUUCUCUUCUGAUCAACUAUCGAGAUCAAAUAAAUUUAAGUGGCAAAGUACAAUCGACAUUGACUGUGUUCUUUCUAAUCAUCUCUAUUUAUAUAUAG